AUGACUGCACCCCUCACUAAAGGCGUCAUAGCAACUUACGUUGUGAUUAUUUUUUGGCAAGUACGUGUGUCAUUCUCUUCAGGCGCGCAAUGCCAAAACGUUACCUACUCCUCUCAAAAUCGCGUCUUGACAAAUCACGCGUUCGCCACCGAACCAUUCGCAACCAUCAAAUCUUGCGUGAUAUUCUGCAAAGAGAGGCCCCAAUGUAAAAGCAUAAACUAUUACCAAACAACAGAGACUUGUGAAAUGAAUACCAUGAACGCAGAGUUGUCCCCAGAGAAUAUGAUGGACUUUAAAACAGCCGUGUACAUGACGAUUGCUCCUUGUUACUAUGACAAGGAAUGUAGAAGUCAAGAGGAAAUAUGUCUGGUCCAAGAGGGCGGACGCAAAUGUAAAGCAUGCUUGAAUGAGGCUUUAGGUCUUGAAGAUGGAAGGAUUCCAGACUCAGCUUUUAAUGCUUCAUCAAUUGAGAACCAAAACACGCUUCCCCAUCUCGUUCGCCUAAACUCUGACAAGGCAUGGAGUGCAAGCCGUGGUGACAAUGAGCCGUGGGUUCAAGUUGACCUCGGAAAGGACGUGGUGAUCAGAAAAAUCGCUACCCAAGGGAAACAUGAUGCCUAUCAGCACACGAAGACUUACAUGCUUUCAUCGCGCGCUGACGGAGAAACUGACUGGGUUUUGUAUAAAGAGGAUAACGUUGAAAAGAUAUUUCAAGGUAAUGAUGAGGAUAAAGACACGGUGGUUUUCAAUGUGUUGUCACAGCACAUCAGGGCUCGCUUUGUAAGGCUUUGGCCGAAGACUACGAAAAAUGGCUACAAAACAAUGAGGGUAGAGCUUUACGGUUGUUUCCUUCAGUAA